UCAUUCUCUUUCUCUCACUUAUCUUUUUUUUUUUUCUAAUUCAAGAAACCAUAUAAUUUUCCUCUGUUUUUUAACAAAUUCAUCAAGAAAAACAUUCAAGAUCAAGAAUGUACAACGAAUGCAGCUCUCCCUCCACCGCAAGAUCAACGACGAGAGGAACUAAUCACCGAAUGAGAUCUCCGAUCUGUUGUGUAGGAGCCAACGCGGUGGUUGAGCCUGAAGCCAUGAUGAUCGGAGAACAAAGAACUCCGAGAUCUCCUUACGAAUGGCUCAAAUCCACGGCGCAAGAACUCGAGUUAAGAGAUCGGUGCCGGCGCGUGAAGUCACGUAUCAAGGUUACGUGUCGUAACAACAAUUGUGCUUAUAAUUGUGUUCAUCAUCAUCAGAGACAUCAGAGCCAUCAGAGUUAUCCUGGAGAUUUCAGUUACGAUCCGUUGAGUUACGCGCUCAAUUUCGAGGAUAAUGUGCGAGCUGAUGAAGACGGCUCUUUCCCGAAUUUCACGGCGAGGUUGCCUCAGUCGCCGGUGACGAAGACGAGAUCAGCGACGGUUGAUUUGAUCUCGUUUUGACGGUUAAUAAAUUAAAAUUCUCUUUUUUAAAGAAAAUCUUUUCGUUUUCUUUUGUGUGACGGUGGAAUGUAACUGUUCGCCGGAGAAAUGACGUAAGAAUAUGACGUCAUGUAUAUGUAAAUGCUCUCUCGCCAUAUUGAUUUGAUAUACUUGUGAAAUUGAUGUGUGCCAAAAAAAAAAAAACAAUUUCUAUAUUUCUGACUAAUUUGAUCGAUUUCACUUAUG